AUGUCAUCGCAAUCAUCCCAAGCCGACCAACAACAGCAGUCAUCACAGCCAGGGCAACCCAAUGCUUGGGAGAAAGCGGAGCGCAAAUUUGCCAAUAAACAUGCGAGUGAAUACUAUGACCCAUGCCAGGAUUUCGCAGAUCGAAGUCUCAAGUGCAUGAAGCGGAACGCCUUCGACAAAGAUAUGUGUGGAGACUACUUCCAAGCCAAAAGCCCAGGGGGGAGCAAGGACGGCGCCCAGGGGACCUAUGCGAUUAUCAUUCUAACAUUAAUUCAGUUGACCCAGAAGAAGCUCAACUAG